AUGGCUGCGCCAUCAGAGAUUACCGUCCGCAACCUCAGUGGGAAAUGGGACUCGAACUCGGAGCUUUCCGACGAUGCCACCCCCAUCAUGGAGCUUCAAGGCGUGCCUUGGAUCGUUCGAGCCAUGCUAGCCAACGCUUCGAUCUCCGUCACUCUCAGACAGUCUAUAGAUGAGUCCGGCGUGACCAAAGUUGAUUCGGUUCAAACCUCGAUGGGUCAGGUUGUUGAGGAGGCGAGGAUUUUGGAUUGGGAGCGCCGGGACCAGCCUCAUCUGAUUUUUGGUAAUAUGACGGUUCGGUCGCGAUUUAGCGCGCCAAAUGAUGUAGAGACUGUUUUGCGAAAUCGUUCUGGGUCUGGCGAGUGCGACUGGGAGGAAGAGGUUAUUGAGAUUGAAGUCGAGACCGCAGGCUGGAAGAGCAUCACCAUUUGGGGCUUCACGACUAUUGAUGGGACUAGGAGAUACAUUCGACGAUCUAUUGCGAGAAAAGGCGGGGAAGAGAAGGUAGUACAGUUGGUCUACGACUGGGCUGGACCCAUUGAAAGCUAG